AAGCCAAUUAAAAUGAAUUUUGGAAAUUUAACGAAAUCAGUGGGGAAUUCGGUGAUGGGUGCAUUAGAUGAUGUCGAUAAGAAGGCUGACGAAACAAGUGAGUCUUUGCAUGAAACUGGAAAGACAAUAGACCAAGCAGCAACAGAUAACGCAAAUGCAAUAGACCAAACUUCCAAGGAUGCUGGUACCGCACUUGAUAAAACCGCCAAGGAUACCGUUUCCACUAUUGAUCAGAAUGCCAAUGCAGCCAUGUCAGGAAUAGAUCACAGAGCAAAGGAAGCCAGCUCCGAUAUAGGCGAGAAGGCGAAGGCAAGUGGAGAAGCUGUUCAAGAGGAAGCAAGUGGUCAAUCUUCCUUUUUGGACAACACUUUUGGUCAAAUCUCUGAUGGUGCGAAGGAAAAGGUCGGAGAAAUUGUUGAAGAAGUGAAGGAAAAGGCUUCAGGAGCGCUCCAAUCUUUUACGGGAUCUGGUGAUAAGAAUACCAGCGAGACCAAACCUGAUACCAAAACUACAACAGAUGCCACAGAGUCAUCAGACACGAAAGACAAGGACGGAUUUGAUAUUAAGGAAACAAUCUCAUCUGGAAUUAGCAGUUUCUUUUGAUUUUGAGUCCAUUUGAUUGUUCUGGUGUAUUAACGUGAUGUAUAAUUAAAUGUACAAUCUUUAAAAUAUAUUAAGAUUUACAUAUAAAUUUCAAUGCAUGCAUAAUUCAAAUACUAUAUUAAGAUGUAGUAAAAUAAAUAUCUGCAAGAGGUAGCACUUUUCAUAAUUAUAAUGAUUUGAUUGAUGCCAAAUUGUCAAUGCAAAUGAAGGCAUGAUGAUCCAGCUUAUAUGUGGAUUGUCGUCACCUCCGUUGACGGUUGUUAUUCAGUUACAAAUCAAUCUGACACUGCACUGGACUCUUCGUUCCGAAAAUGAUACGAUGAGAAAACUUUUUCAAAUUGCAAUUCUUAGUGAACUGAUCAAUAGUUUGUGUUAUUAUUAUUAUUACUAACUCGUUAAGGUUCACAAUAUUGUAACUAGAAAUACUAAGCAAUCAGGUCUAAACGAGUCGGCACAUUUCUGAAUUAUAAUGAGUUGUUUAUUUGAUAUUAAAUAAAUGCAAUUU